CCACCCGAAUCCGCCUGCCGAGCCCGCCCCGGAAGCCGAGAAGGAGGCACGAGCCCGGGAGGCGGGAGCAGCGCGCCGUCGGGACUGGCUCUGCCUGGCCGCUGGCGGAGACCCGGCCGGCCGGCAGCUCUGGGGCCGCAGGGGCGGCUCCCGUCGCCAGCGAGGCCCGCGUGGAUGCCCCUGUGUCCCCGGCCUCUGCCCCUCCAGGAAUCAAAGCUUGACUCCCAUUUGAGGACAAACAGGCCUACAGUUAAUUCCUGGUGUGAUGAGAAGGUGGGAUUUGCUGUCCUGGAUAAGAAAAGCGAGUCCGUAAGGGAGGGCCCUGACUCUUCAUCAGCGACAAGAGAGAUGGCAGCCUUACAUUCUGGGGAUAAGAAGAGGGUCCUUCCCUCCUGGAUGACAGCCCAGGGGCCUGAGGAGAGAAUGUGGCCGGUGAAGACCCCGAAGAGGAAGCGGAGGAGGAUGGCCGCGGUGCCGGCGGCUGCAGCCAGACUCCCCGCAGUGAGGACUGUGUACUGCAUGAGUGAAGCCGAACUUGUCGAUGUUGCUCUGGGGGUCCUGAUUGAGAACCGACAACAGGAAAAGGCCUUGGAGCAGCGGCCCCUGGCAGGCACUGCUGAGCCAGAGCUGUCCCCCACCUGCUCGGAGGGGCCGGCUUCUCCCGAGACAAGUGAGGGUGAGGACAGUGGGGAAGCCGCCCUCCCCCCAGGCCUGGGGCGGCCGCAGGGGCCUGCAGGCUUGGAGCCUGCCUGCAGCAGCAGCCCUGAGGAAGAUGAGGAUGCGUUCAAGUACGUCAGGGAGAUAUUCUUCAGCUAAGGGACAGGUUCCCAGGACGCUACGGCCGCAACAGCUACCGGACGCUGGGCUUUGGCUCUGCCUGGGGACUGCUCCCAGCUCCAUACCCCUGGGUGGAGCCAGAAGCCCUGACACUCGGCCUUGGGAAGUGAGGGAUCCGAAUGAACUGCCAUCAGAAUUCCUCUCUGCAUUGUCCUCCCCGGCACAGGGGUCUGCAGUCCCCAUGUCUGUGUAUUCAGUGACCAGGCUCCAGGGAAAAUGAGGUCACAGUGUCAGACUUAUUGGCACCAAAGAAUCAAUUUAAUAACUUUCAAACA